AGCUGAUGAAGAUAACGUGUCAGUGCGUGUUGGCGCUCGAGUGGAAAACCAUGUGUCGCAUAACUUAGAGCCAUGGAUACGGAAACGAUAAUAAUCGUGAGCGUGUUCGGCGCGGCAUUACUGCUGCUGUUGCUGAUCAGCAUCGUGCUAUGCGCGCAGCUCUCAGGUCUACGCCGCAAGCUCAAUGAGCUCAGCACAGGAGGACGACUGCGAGUUCAAAAACUGAAGAUGAACUCCGACAAGAACCACGCGUUCCACAACCCUGGUCUGACGCCCGACGAGGAGCUAUCUCGUCGCGGCUACUCCAUGUACCAGGUGCCUGACGACGACGUCGAGAGCGGCAGAGGCACGGAGCGUCAGACGGGUGGGCAGUUCGUAGAAGAGCUGGCGAGAGAACUGGAAAACCGACAACAGAAGCAGAACAACACUCCAAGCUUCCUUCUGCAGGGGAUAGAAGAGAACAAGAAGAGAAGAAACAACCCGAUUGCGAACAACAACAAUCGGCAGAGCGAAACCAAUCCCAAUUUUAUAUACUGAACUACUACAAUCCACAAAGUUAAAAACGUUUAGAACCAUUUUGCAAAGGAAGAGAUUAAUGAUUAUUGCAAAGAUAAACAAGAGACUCAGAAUAAUUGACAAUAUUCCUCUUAUAGAAAUAUAAGAAAAGCUACAAUGGUACCAGAGGUCUAAUUUAAAAUCAAAUUUUUUACUGGCGGAAGAUAAUCAAUAGGUAAUUCCCAGCACACCAGACAUUCGUUGUUGCCCAGAGGAUCCCUCCAACAUUGUCUGUUCACAUAGUGAAGGGCUACCGACAUUGCAAUUACGGUCGGAAGUUCCGCUCAGCUUCUUCGGGUCCCAACGCCAAUAGUCCAUGUGCUUUACCUAUUGCCACUUUACCGCAAUAUAUUACAAAGCCUGGUAAUCUAACUUCUGUUCAGUUAUGAGAUAAAUUAUUUUUGAUUAUCUUAACCUUGAGAAUUUUUGUUCUUUUAAUAAUAGACUUUCUGCAAACAUCAGCCAAAUAUUAUGGCUGCCACGUUUUUUAAAAAAUUGUGCUAGACUUAAACACAGAGGACGCAAAAUUGUGUUUAUUUCUAAUACAAUAAACAUUACCUAUGAGAAUUGAGAGAUGAUGCAGUAAAUAUUUCUUCUAAUUAUUUCUAAAAUAUAAUAAUUUAACUACAAUAAGAUCCAGAUGAAUAAUUUGUAAGAUUUUAAAAUAAAUUCAGUUUAUUUUAAA